GUUUGUGCCUUGACUGAUUGAGAGCAUUUCAUCGUUAGCUUGUAGUUCGACAAUGCAGCAAAGAGAGGAGAAGCAGUUAGAAGCGUCGGUGGAGUCUCUCAUUUCUCGGGUGGCUCACGUCAAAAACGCUCUUCACAGUUUCAUUUAUAAGCUGGAAAAUGAAUACGAGAGGUUAACAUGGCCGUCUGUGUUGGACAACUUUGCUCUGCUAUCUGGUCAGCUGAACACUAUCAAUAAGCUUCUCAAGAAUGAGAAGACGCCAUCCUUUCGCAACCAGGUUAUAAUACCUCUGCUUCUGUCACCGGACAGAGAUGAAGAUUUAGCAAAACUCACAGAGCAGCGUGUUCCAGUGUUCAGCCAUGAGAUUGUACCAGACUACCUGCGGACCAAGCCUGAUCCAGAGGUGGAGGAACAGGAGAAACAGCUGAGUGCAGACGCUGCACGUAUUGGCCCUGAGGUGGCACAGAAACAAAUCCAGGCGUUGAACAAGCUGUGUUCCAAUCUACUGGAGAAGCUGAACAAUCCUCGUGAUGACAGAGAUGCGGAAAGUGCAACAAUGAGACAAAACAAAUCCUCUUUCAACCCUGCGGACACUAAUGCAUUGGUUGGAGCGGUUGCGUUUGGAAAGGGGCUUUCCAAAUGCAGGCCUCCAGGUCCAGUUGCUCCUGGACACCCAGGACAAGGGCCCAUGAUGAGCGGAGGUCCAACCUUACAGCAGGUCACCAUUGGUGGUGGUGGCAGUCAGCAAGCAGGUAUGGGUGGACCUGUGGCUCCACAGCAGCAAGGACAGCCAGGUAGGAGACCUGGAGAGCUGGGAAAAAUGCCAAGUAGCAUCAAGACAAACAUCAAAUCUGCAUCUGGUUCAAUGCAUCCCUACAACCGAUGAGCCCCUUCCUUCCCAUUUCUUUAACCUGCAUUUUUUACAUUUAAGACCCUCCUCUGGCAAUGAAUAUUUACAGUACAUACAUGUCACCUUUGUAUGCUGUUCUUUUCAUGGAAUGCACCAACUUCUAAGAAGUUGUUACUCUGCUCUCUCUAAAGCUGUUUCUGUGACAUACAGUUCGCUCUGAGAAAUUUCUCAAAGGUAAAAUUUUCCCCUUAGUGACUGUCAUAGAGUCUAUUUUAUACCUCCAUUAUUUGAUACUGAGCCACAGUGUUUGAGCCACUAGAUGGCAGUAUGUCAUCAUUUAUUUGAUCACAAUGGCUUGUAUUUGGAACUGUACUCAUGACACUUUUUUAAUAAAAGACGUGUUAAAAAGA